GGUACCCCUUCGUUGUUCCUUCAGCCUCACUCAAAGGCAAAGCCCCCAUCCUUCUCAUCCAUCCCAACCCCCAAAACCCUAGCCUCCGCUUCCAACCGAAAAUGUCUGCCAUGGGCCGUGACACCCCGGCUGUGCCAGCGCCACCAGCAACAGCGCCGACGGCGCUGGCACCCGGGUUCAGGUUCCACCCCACAGAUGAGGAGUUGGUCAUAUACUACCUCAAGCGCAAGGUUUGCGGCAAACCCUUCCGAAUCAAUGCCAUCUCUGAGGUCGACAUCUACAAAAGCGAGCCUUGGGACCUCGCAGAUAAGUCGGGGUUGAAGACCAGGGACCAGGAAUGGUACUUUUUUAGUGCAUUGGACAAGAAGUAUGGCAAUGGGGCGAGAAUGAACAGGGCUACAAGCAAAGGAUACUGGAAGGCGACCGGGAACGACCGGCACGUCCGCCACGAUUCUAGGACUGUGGGGCUGAAGAAAACUUUGGUUUUUCAUAGUGGGCGUGCCCCGGAUGGGGUAAGAACCAAUUGGGUCAUGCAUGAGUACAGGCUUGUUGAGGACGAAUUGGAGAAAGCUCAGAUUGGAGUCACGCAGGAUGCGUAUGUGCUGUGUAGAGUAUUUCAUAAGAAUAAUAUAGGACCACCGAAUAGCCACCGAUAUGCACCUUUUGUUGAGGAGGAAUGGGAUGAUGGUACACCAGCUUUGGUUCCGGGGAAAGAGGCUGGGAAUGAAGCGGUAGCUGGCCAUGAUGCAUGUGCUGAAGAAGCUGGCUGUGGUGCAUUUGUUGAACAGAAUGGCCAUUGUCCAUUUGUCGAGAAUAAUUGUGGUGAAUGUGUCGAGAACCGUCAGGAUUCAUUUGUUGAAGGGAAUAAUUUUGAGCAGGAUACUCCGUCCAUUAACGAGGCUGCUCUUAGCGCUAGUGAAAUUCCGAGAGACUUCCAAAAUGUUUCAGUUGUCUGCAAGAGUGAGAGAAUGGAUGAUUUUCCUUCACCAGGCAUGGCUUUUCCAAGACCCUCCCUACUAAUGAGAUAUAAAAGAAGGCGUCAGAACGAUCUAAACCCCAACCUUUCAAAUGCUUCAGAGACUUCAACUAGGACGAGUCAGGAUCAUUGCUCAUCUACAACGACAACCGCAGCAACAACAUUGACAACGGCGACAACCUCCACCACCACAGCAACAACAAGAAAUUUUCUCUCUGCACUGGUGGAAUAUUCUCUAUUACAAUCUAUUGAACCCAAAGAUAGUCUUUCAGUUACUCCUGCAUUUGAUUCUGCUAGUCUUGAUUCACCUCUGCCUCCUAGCUGCUUGAAAUUCAUAAAUGAUUUGCGAAGUGAGAUCCAUAAAAUUUCAGUAGAGAGGGAGACAUUGAAGUUUGAAAUGAUGAGUGCCCAAACCAUGAUUACUAUUCUCCAGUCUCGAGUUGAUAAUCUGAGCAAGGAAAAUGAGGAUUUGAAGAGGAGAGUCCAAGAUGUCUAGUUUAUGUAAUCUUGCCCCUUUUCCUUUUUUUUGCCUUGUAUGAAUCUCCUGCCUUUGAUGGAGCUUGUUCUCUCAGAUCAGUUGAUUUGAGAUUGUAUUCUUUUCUAGGUUAAGUAUGUUGAAACUUUGCUGUAAGAAUAUCAAAAUGGUCAAUGAUGUAUCGUUUUAGGCCUUUGAUCCUUUGUUAUCAAAAAUAGGUAAAUUCGUUGGAACUUUUUAUUUUUACUUAAA